AUUGUUAUCACAAUUUCAACUUCGCCUUUGCUGCAACUCCCGACUCUCCUGCCAUGGCUACUGCUGCAACCUUAACACUCUGAACUAAGAACCCUUUUGCGAAACCCAAAUGGCCGCCACUCUAUCAUUUCAUCUUACCCGAUUUGGCUCGCACUUCCCUCUUUCUUCUUCACGCUUUACCCCUCGAUUCUUCUGUAAACAGCGCCGGCAGCCGCUUAAUUGUUACAUUAGCCUGUAUUGUCGGUUUUCCCGCACUUUGGUCAGCUCUCUUCGUCCUAGCCCACGUCGUGCUUUUUGUGUUUCAGCCUCUGCCUCUCAAGAAUUGAAUAAUCACCGGAACUCAUCAGAUGAAAGAUAUGAUGUGAUAGUUGUUGGUGGAGGCCAUGCAGGAUGUGAAGCUGCACUUGCAUCUGCUCGUUUAGGAGCAAAAACACUUCUUCUCACGCUUAACAUUGACCGCAUUGCAUGGCAGCCCUGCAACCCAGCUGUUGGCGGCCCUGCAAAGUCGCAACUUGUACACGAAGUUGAUGCACUUGGUGGUGAAAUUGGAAAGGUAGCAGAUAGGUGUUACUUGCAAAAGCGAGUUUUGAAUGUCUCAAGGGGCCCUGCUGUUAGGGCACUGCGCGCUCAAACUGAUAAAAGAGAAUAUGCUUCAGAAAUGAAGAAGAUUGUUGAAAGCACCCCUAACCUUUCUAUUCGAGAAGCUAUGGUAACAGAGAUUUUGGUGGGGAAGAAUGACAAUGUGGAAGGUGUUCAUACAUUCUUUGGCAUGAAGUUCUAUGCACCUUCCGUAGUUCUCACUACUGGCACUUUCAUGAGUGGGAAAAUUUGGGUUGGCAGAACUUGUAUGCCUGCAGGGAGAGCUGGUGAAUCGUCUUCACAGGGCCUAACAGAGAAUUUGCAGCAGUUUGGGUUUGAGACUGACCGGUUAAAAACUGGAACUCCUGCCCGUGUAGAUUCUCGCACAGUAGAUAUCUCUGGGUUGGAGCCUCAACAUGGAGAUGAAGAGAUAAGCUGGUUUAGCUUUGAUCCUAAUUACCAUAUUGAAAGAGAACAAUUGUGCUGCUAUCUCACACGUACUACAAAGAGGACUCAUCAGUUGAUCAAAGAGAACUUGCAUGAGACCCCUACUUAUGGGGGAUGGGUCGAAGCUAAGGGACCUCGGUACUGCCCCUCCAUUGAGGACAAGAUCGUUAGAUUUCAGGAUAAAGAGUCACAUCAAAUAUUUCUAGAACCGGAGGGUCGGAAUGUGCCUGAACUCUAUGUGCAGGGAUUCUCGACGGGUCUACCAGAGCAACUACAGCUGCCACUCUUGAGAACUUUACCUGGACUUGAGAAUUGUUCAAUGUUGAGGCCUGCCUAUGCUGUGGAGUAUGAUUACUUGCCAGCACAUCAGUGUUUUAGGUCCCUCAUGACAAAGAAAAUCGAAGGACUCUUUUUUUCUGGUCAAAUAAACGGAACAACUGGCUAUGAAGAAGCCGCUGCACAGGGCAUUGUUUCUGGACUAAAUGCUGCUAGACAUUCAGAUGGUAAAUCUUUAAUUGUUCUGGAGAGGGAAAGCAGUUAUAUAGGGACUUUAAUUGAUGAUCUGGUGACAAAGGACCUUCGAGAGCCUUAUCGUAUGUUAACAAGCCGCUCUGAACAUCGGCUGCUUCUGCGAUCUGAUAAUGCCGACAGCCGCCUCACACCUUUGGGACGUGAAAUUGGUCUAAUAGAUGACAUGCGUUGGAACACCUACAAGGACAAGCAGGCUCGAAUUUCAGAAGAGAAAAAGCGACUGAAGACAGUCAGGGUUUCAGGAGGCAAUUUAGCUGCUGAAAUCACUGAGGUGUCUGGCCAGCCAGUGAAGGAAUCAUCUACAUUAGAAACCCUCCUAAAGAAGCCACAUGUGCAAUACAAAAUAUUUGACAAACAUGGAUAUGGAAAUGAUCUGCUAUCUAGGGUGGAGAAGGAAUGUGUAGAGAUAGACAUCAAGUAUGAGGGCUUCAUUAUACGUCAGCAGAGUCAACUCCAGCAGAUGGUUCAUCAACAGCAUAGACGACUUCCAGAGGACCUUGAUUAUUAUGCUAUGACAACUUUGUCUCACGAAGCACGUGAGAAACUGUCGAAGGUCAGACCACAAACAAUUGGGCAAGCAAGCAGAGUAGGUGGAGUUAGCCCUGCUGAUAUUACAGCACUCCUUAUCAUACUAGAAUCAAACAGGAGGAGAGCUCAGGAACAAAGACGGCAUCAACUUCUCACCUCCGUUAUGGUCAAUGGGGCCCAAGAAGUAUCUGGAACCCACAUUAAAGAGGCAACAAACACUUAAAAUUUUACAAAUUUAACGUUUUCUGUUCUUGAAUUUGUCUGAUCCGUGGUAUAAAUGUUUUUGUUACAUCUUCUCGUUCACCUGCUUUCCUACAACUUGAGCAGGUGAACCCAGUGCAUUGGUUUGACACUCUUGAGGCGACAUUCUUUGUGCAGCGGAAAAGAUAAUGUUGGUAUAUAUGAUUCUUCAAAGUUGUUCCAUUUUCAUUGUAUUUAUACAAACUUGAGAUGAUUUAUCUGUAUAUCUUCUUUGUAGUUUUUCUGCCUCCAAUUCUCCUGUCUGUUUACACCAUAAUCUCAUAUGUUCCAUAAUACAGGGACAUCAUGUUACAAAUGGACGGGUUCUGGACAUGUUUGAUUUAUAAUUAGUGUCAUCAGACAGAAUA